UAACAACCCACUACCCUAUCCACUGGCUGCAGAAGGAGAGGCUUCUGAGAGCGCGCUCGCUCGGCCCUUGCCUGAAGCGCGGCUACCGUGAAACCAUGGGCCAAGAAAAUGUGCCCGGCUCCUUGCACCUUAGGGAACGAGAAGAUGCCAGGAAACCCCGAGCAGGCCAUCUUUUCAGCCCGGCGGGCGCACUCCUAACUCCCGCAAUCGGUCCCUUACCAGACCAGGCCCGGCAGCUUUGGUGGAGCAGAGAGCCCGAGCCACCCAAGGCCUGAGGCUACGGAGCCCAGGCGGUGCCCAGACGCCAAGGAGGCAGCAACGCCCUCGGAAAUGCCACCGCCCGUGAGGCCUAGAGUGGGCCUGGGCCAGCCACCGGGGCAGAGUGGGAAAACAAGCCUAAUGCCUCGUAGGAAAGCAGUUUGGCCUGAUUCUGCCUCCAUUUUGCUGGCCUGGGGCAACCCGCGCAGAACUGGGGCUCCCCGGAUGCUCCCAGCCCUUCCCGAGCACCGCUGAAGUUGCGGACGCUUGGGGUGUGGGAGAUUCUUAGCGGUCUUCGAAACCCUCUGCACAGGUGCUGGCGGGGCCAGGCCUCUCCUCUGCGCCCUCCUGCAACUUCUCGCCUCUGAAUCCUUACGGGAGCCCAGCCAAAAAGAGCGCGCCAGUGUUCAACGCCGCCUUGUAAAUCACUUUCCGGAUAAUUGCGGGAAACGAACACUCCAGCAAACAAGCUCGAGGAAUAAAGCAAACAAGGAGUAAAUUCCUGGGUGCUCAUAAACCCAUCCAUGUCGCCCCCACCUUUCCCGGCGCUCCCGCGGGGCCAGGCUCGACGUCAGCCCCGGAGGAGGAGGAAGCCGGGACCGGCGGGCGGUGGCCACCGCUCGCCACCCAAGAUGUUAUUCUUUGGUAACAAUCCCCAUUAUCUGUCCCCACUUGGGGCUAAUCAGACAGAAUCACUAAUGCGGAGGGCAGCUUCCUGCCGCCUCUGGGAGCCAGUGCAUGGCGUGCGCUUCUCACGCCCACCCAUAGGAGCGGCGUCCCGGGCCGCCUCUCGGUUCCAGAUCUACCCUGCCCCCGCCUCCUUCCCCUGCUCGGCCAUGGCCACCUCUGGACGCCUCAGCUUCACCGUGCGCAGGCUCCUGGAUUUACCGGAGCAGGAUGCGCAGCACCUGCGGAAGAGGGAGCCGGAGCUAAGCGCCCCUGAGCCCGGCCCCUGCGCCACCUGGCUGGAAUCCGAGCGCGGCCACUACCCUUCCUCGGACGAGAGCAGCCCAGAGGCCAGCCCGAGGGACUCGUCGCAGCGGCCGUCCGCUCAGCCUGCGUCUCCGGGCUCCGACGCCGAGAAGAGGAAGAAGCGGCGGGUGCUGUUCUCCAAGGCGCAGACGCUGGAGUUGGAGCGGCGCUUCCGGCAGCAGCGCUACCUGUCGGCGCCCGAGCGCGAGCAGCUGGCGCGCCUGCUACGCCUCACGCCCACACAGGUCAAAAUCUGGUUCCAGAACCACCGCUACAAGCUGAAGCGCGCGCGCGCGCCGGGAGUCGCCGAGGCGCCCGACCUGGCAGCGGCUGCCGAGGUGCGCGCCGCGCCCGGCCUGCUGCGCCGCGUGGUGGUGCCCGUGCUGGUGCGCGACGGGCAGCCGUGCGGCGGCAGCGCCGAGGGGGGCACGGCCGCCGCCCGGGACAAGAGCGCGGCGCCGCCGGCCGCCGCCUGCCCUGUGCCAGGCUACGCCGCCUUCGGGCCUGGCUCGGCUUUCGGCCUCUUCCCCGCCUACCAGCACUUAGCGCCCCCCGCCCUGGUCUCCUGGAACUGGUGAGGCAGCCGAGGGGCGCGAGCACCUGGGGCUACGCCGGACCUGGAGUGAGCUCUGCGGUCGGGCCGGGCUACAGCCGGAGACAUGGAGCGCGUCUCGCCGCCCCACCUCCUUCGGCGCGGGGGUCCUCUCCGGCGCCCCCACCGGCCGGCACUCCGGAAACUUUCGCCAAGACACCCCGUCUCCUCUUCCCUCGACCGCCAGACCCAGAGCUAGAUUUUAUUGCUUGAACUUUAUUUGUACAUUUUAAAAUAGCUAUUUGUAUGGGAAGCAACUUAUUUUAAAAGAAAUAGAAUAUUUUUCCUCUUUGUGGUGCGAGAAUAAAAUAUGUAGGUUUGGGUC